AUGACUACUGCGAAGAAUACAAUCGUUGAAACAAACAGUGAUAAUGUGGAAACAUUUUCUCUUCUUUGGCUUGAUGCAGAAGUCAAUACAAAAGAAGAGAACAAGCAUGCCCAAAAGCGACUUCGUUCAAUUAUCAAUCAUCUUAUAAUAUUUCAUGAUCAAAACGAAUGUCAACAAUAUAUUACGUCUUCCUCUGAACAAGAUCGAAUUGUUCUUAUCAUUAGUGGACGAUUAAGCAAAGAAUUAAUUCCUCACAUUCAUCAUCUUCGACAGAUCUCAGCUGUUUAUAUCUAUUGUUGGGAUAAACAAGCAUAUAAACACUGGGCUAAACAGUUUAAUAAACUUGAUGAUCUGAUUAAUCAAAUCACACUCGAUCAAAAAGAUCGAGGAAAACUGGAAGAACCAAUGUCUGUGUAUAUUUACAAUAUUAGUGGUAAUGAAGAUAAAUCCACAACUGAACUUAAUGGUCAUUUUAUUCAUUCACUAUUAUUAAUCGAUGUUCUUAUUCGAAUAAAACCUGAGGAUGCUGACAAAAAUAAAUUCAUUGAAGUUUGCAAAGAUAAAUUUUAUGACAAUGACUAUGAACUAAAUAUCAUUCGUGAAUUUGAACUUAAAUAUAAAUCUAAAAAAGCUAUAUGGUGGUAUACUCGUGAUGCAUUUUUAUAUAGAAUGUUAAACAAAGCUUUGCGAGUACAAAACACUGAAUUAUUAUUACUAUUUCGUUUUGUAAUUCAUGACAUUUUUCAACAAUUGAAAAAACAUCAAUGUCAAAAUUCUGUUCGGGUGUAUCGUUAUCAAAGUAUGUAUGCUGAUGAGUUGAAUACUAUUAAACAAUCGAUCGGUCAAUUGAUCUCGAUUAAUUCAUUUUUUUCGACUACUGCUGAUCGUGACGUAGCAUUAAAAUUUUCUAAUCAUUCGAUGAUUUCGAAUGAUUUACAUCGAAUAUUAUUUGACAUUACAGCUGAUCCUCAUGUUGUGAAAUCAAAACCAUUCGCUGAUAUUAGUUUACUCAGUUACUUCAAGCAGGAGUCUGAAAUAUUAUUUAUGGUUGGAUGUAUAUUUCGUUUGACUAAUAUUUAUCGGGAUGAUAAUGAACAAAUCUGGAUAAUUCAAAUGCAGUUAGCAGAAGUUAAUGAUAAUGAGUUGAAAAAACUUUUCGAUGAAUUGAAGGCAGACUAUGGAGGUGGUGAGAACGAAGUUGAUCUUAAAUCUGUUGGUGAUGUACUACAGCAUAUGGGAAAAUAUGAUUCGGCAGAGAAAAUAUAUAUAGAUCUGUCUCAAAAGUAUUCUUCCGAUGAUACUUCAUAUUCUCAGUUAUGUUUCUCAUUUGGAAUGCUGUAUAAAGAAAGAAAGAAUUUUGAUCGCAGUCUUCACUGGUUUCAGAUAGCGUUGGAAAGGAAAAUUCGUACGGGACCAUCUGAUUUGAUCUAUAUUGGUGGUCUGCAUUGUUGUAUUGGGAAUAUUCAUUUAGAAAAGAAUGAUUUCAAUGAAGCGAUGAAAUGUUACAAUAAAGGAAUGGAUUGCUACAAUCGUGCGAAUGCUACGAAUCAUCCAGAUAUGGCCUCUUGGUAUCAUGGUGUUGCUCGUAUUUACUGUGCUUGGAAGCAAUACUCAGAUGCAUUGAACUAUUAUCAAAGCUCAUUGAAUAUUCAACAACAGCACUUAUCUUCUAAUCAUCCAGAUACAGCUUUAAAUCAUGUUGGCAUAGGUGAUAUUUAUCGUAUUGUUGGCCAAUAUCAGAAUGCCCUGAACCAUUACAGAAAAUCGCUCGAUAUUAGAAUGAAAUCAUUACCUCCUCAGCAUCAAGACAUUGGUUCGAGUAAUAAAAAACUUGGUCAGUUAUAUGAGACGGUGAAUAAUUUGAAAGAAGCAUUAGAAUAUUAUAAAAAAGCAGCCACUAUCUAUUAUCAGUCUUUACCACCUCAACAUUCAAAUAUAAUCGAAAUUAAAAAAGACAUUGAACGUGUCAUGUUAAAAUUGAAAUAA